AUGGCAUGUAUUCUUUGUGCACUCGCGCGCGGACGGACAGAGUUUCCACAUGUUUUUUUUACGUACGCAAACGUCAGGUUUUAGCUGACACACCAGGGUAUCUCUAGCGCGGCGAAAACGGACGCACUCACGCGACGACGAGAACGUCCACGGAUAGUGCGGCGAGAUGAGUAAAAAGCGCAACAGGCAACCGGAUGCGAAUCCCGACGUUAGUGAGGCCUCCACAGAGUCUUGUGAGGAGGCGAGCGCAGCAGGUGCAAAAUGUCCGCAUAUAGCAAAGGCCAUCAAUCUAAACAAAGUGAAGAAGAAUCUAAAGAAGACUGGCAUAUUAAGCGAAUGUUCCAUGUGCAAAAAACUAGAGAUGGAUCUCAAGAUGGCCGAGGAGUGUGACGUUUUGAAGCCACUGUGGAUUUGCCUGCAAUGUGGAGAGCAAGGCUGUGGCAAAGAACAAAAGCAACACGCUGUUGAGCACUACAGAAAGCCUCACAGUGACUGUCAUUGCAUGGUGACGGAUUCUCAUCAUUGGAGCGUUUGGUGCUAUCAGUGUGAAAUUGAAGUUCAUGCCAACAGUAGAAAAAAGCUGCUGGAAACUGUAGAGUUUGUCAAAAAGUGUGUCAAUAUUCCACAAAUAUCUCAACAACCAAAAAUGCCAGCGAUUCAGUGCCAAAAAGAGAUGAUAGUUGAUGUACAGGAGAAGGAGAAGCAUAAAAUGUUAAACAAUCUUCCUAAAGUCGGGGGUUUAGCAAAUCUAGGAAAUACCUGUUUCUUCAAUGCCGUACUUCAGUGUCUAGCGCAGACACCUUAUUUGGUGAAGGUGCUGGAGGAUCUACGUUUGCCCGGGAAGAAAUUUGUCUUCCCCGGUGGUAAACACAAACCUAUUGAUGCUGAAGAGGAAGUAGAACUGCCACCAAUCGAGGGGACCUUGGAGCGAUGGGGCAGUUUCACAUCGAUUCUCUGCGAAACCCUGUCAAAGAUGCAAAACACUAACGGUCAUCAAACUUAUACUCCUUUGAAUCUUCUCUGUAAACUCAGAAAAAAGACAACGCAAUGUGUGGAUGGUGGACAGCAUGAUUCACAUGAGUUUCUUCGACACUUGUUGGAAAUAGUUCGGAAUGAAGAUCUACGGAGAUAUCAGAGUAUAAUACUGAAGGAGGUCGGACUGAGCGGAAAGACGAAGCCGGAAUGCGUGGAGAAGGGUUUAAAAUCUCGCGUGAAAUUCUACGGCAAUCAGGCUAACAUGCGAUUGUUGGGACCGGAAGCGGUGUUCCGUGGCGUGUUGGUGUCUACCUUGGAAUGUCUGGAUUGCCAUCACUCGUCACAGCGCACUGAGCCAUUUCUAGAUUUAAGUGUACCCGUCACGGCAGACAAGCCGCAGCCUCCACUGUUGAAAAGGAAAAACAGUGAAUUUGAGGACGCCUUCGACAUGAUGAACGUUCAGCAGCGUGACUAUCAAACGUCCGACACACCGUGGAAGCAAUUGAAGAAGGAGAAAAAAGCUGCCAGGAAAAAUCGAAAGAAUAAAAGGCACGAAAAUCAUAAUAAUUCUAACGCAUUAGUGGAUCUGAAUAAUCCCGCGGAAGAAAACAAUGAUAACGUACUGAAGUCAGAGAGCGACGCUGAUGUGGAAGACAACAUUGAGAUAGAUAAUUCUCAUCCGGAGAUCGGAGAAUCUGGUUAUAGUUCAGAGAAGGCAUCCGCCGUCACUACUCCUGUGUCUCCCUCUGAUCGCCAUCAUCGUCAUCAUCCAAAUGACGACUUCAGUAACGCAGUCAGCCUGGAGGACGAUAAUCUAGAUAACAAUCUAGAUCCAGCACAAGUUAGACAUCCAAUGAACAUUAACGCGUUAACUAGCUCUAGUCCAACUGAUGUGUCGAUGACGGACUUGACUCAAAUCAGGAUACCAUUCGAGAAGAUUGACAGAAAUGUUGGUACGGUCAGUUCUGAGAAUGAAGCGUCGGCCGCGGCUUUGACUGGUUCCAUGAUCGUCAACUCCGACGUUACGAGUCCUGAAGUUCCCACCGCGAGUUUAAGUAGUUCUGCCGCUUCUAAGGAGAGUCCCACUAGCCCUAUCAACGACGAGGAAGUCGCAGAAAGAUUGGACGGUGUUGAGACGUGGAUGGCAACUGCUUUAACGAGAUAUGAUCAAAGGAAAUAUAAUAAUGGAACUUCCAAUGGAGACGAUCCCGAAGAGCAGGACACGUAUAAUGAGCUCGGUGAUAUAAUGACGGGAAUGUCCAGGCUGGGAAUCGCUGGGCAUCAGUCGCCUAUCAGGUACACGACUAAGGAAGGCGAGUGUUCCGUGGAGUCGUGUUUGAAUCAAUUCACCGCACUGGAAUUGAUGACAGGAAGUAAUAAAGUCGUAUGCGAAGCGUGCACAGCUCGCGAGAAGAAGAAUCAGGAAGGUACAUCAAAAAUGAUAUGCACUUCAAGUACCAAGCAAUACCUCAUCUCUCAAGUACCCCCAAUAUUGAUAUUGCAUCUAAAGAGGUUUCAAACGCAGAGAGUCGGCUUCCGAAAGGUUGUCAAGCAUGUGUCAUUUCCGAUAUUACUAGACUUAGCACCAGUUUGCACGGAUCACAAGAAACCUCGACUUUAUGCGCUUUACGGGGUUGUCGAGCACAGUGGAACUGUUCAUGGUGGUCACUACGUCGCUUAUGUCAAGACGAGACUGCCAUUAUCAUCAGACGAUCCUCGAUGGAAAUUUCUUCCCAAGGACAAAGAUCUCAAGACAGAUAACGAAUCAAGUAGUUCAGAUUCAGAAGAAGAAGCAUCGGCGAAAGCCGUAUCCGUUGUGGAACCACCACCUGGAAGAUGGUAUUAUGUAUCAGAUUCUCGGGUAUCAGAAGUAGAUGAAAAUACAGUGCUACAAAGUCAAGCGUAUCUGUUGUUUUACGAGAGGAUUCUCUGAUUCGAUAGAACGAAGCAGAAUGAAAAUCAACAUUGCAUUCGUGAGUUGCAUUCGCGAGAUACAUUCACGAUUUUCGAGUGAAAGAAAACAGACUUAUAAUGAAUUUAUUAAUUCUGCAAUUUUUAGCAUCACAUCGCGCGUUAUCAAAUGUAUGAUGUAUGUAACUGAUUCUGUGUACAUUAUAAGAAAUCUGUAAUUAUUAGAAAUAUUGAAAACUUAUUUCUUAUCAAAAGUUGUAUCUUACGGUUGAUUAACGGAUAUAUUAUAAACGAGAAAUAUCCUUUUAUAAAUUUUUGCAAAAGUUUAACUCAAUUGUCAGGUUGAUCAACAAGUUUGUUUCAAAUUUUGCGCGUUUGGCAUGCUAUGGUAAUCAACUAAUGAGAGAGCUCCAGAUAUGUUUUGUGUUUUUGAACAAACUUUUCUGAAAUUGUGAAUACGCCAAGGGAAUUUCGCAGGUCUUUCUAAAUUCAACCAUUUCGACAGAAAUCAGACGGAAAGCUGGAGGACUGGAAGAUUCACUUUCGCCAUGUAAUGCUGUAUGGGAAAUAAAUCUGUUUGGUUUUUCACAAACUUGAAA